UGCGCGGUUUAAAAGGAGUGGCAGACCUUGAGUGAGACACUCCUCGGCCUCCUCCUUGCUGCAGUCACCCAGCUCACCCUCGCAGCCACCAUGACCUUCAACGGCACCUGGAAAAUCGAUCGCAAUGAUAACUAUGAGAAAUUCAUGGAGCAAAUGGGAAUUAACAUGGUGAAGAGGAAGCUGGCGUCUCACGAUAACCUCAAGAUAACCAUCGAACAGACUGGAGACAAGUUUAAGAUCAAGGAGAGCAGCAAUUUCCGCACCCUGGAAAUAGACUUCACCCUGGGGGUCACCUUCGACUACAGCCUUGCAGAUGGAACAGAAUUAUCCGGUGCAUGGACCUUGGAGGGAGACAUGAUGAAGGGAAUCUUCAUGAGAAAGGACAACGGAAAGCAACUGACAACAACCAGAGUAGUCCAAGGAGAUGAACUUAUACAGAGCUACAACUAUGAAGGUGUGGAUGCAAAGAGGAUUUUCAAGAGGGGUUAGACCAAACUGAUCAACGAAACUUAACUGUGAGAUGUUUGCCAUCAGGAUUACAUGCAAUAUUUUGUUGAAUUAUCAACUACUUACACCAACAUAACCUGUUAAAAAUGCACUACUUGUAACGCCAAUAAAGUAUAUGGAACAGA